UCAGGCACUGUCUUGAACAGCCACUAGCGUUGUGUCUAGAGAGGACCCUGCAGUCCACCAUGGCGGCGCCCGGUGGAACUUUAAACUGUGAGGACUUUUCAAUGUUUCAGGAGGUGCUAAAGUUGAUGCGCACCAUAGAUGACCGCAUCGUCCAUUCUCUGAACACCACCGUGCCCACAGUAUCCUUCUCAGGCAAAGUGGAUGCCACACAAACAUGCAAACAACUAUAUGAAUCUAUGAUGGAGGCCCAUCUGACCCGAGACAAAGCUAUCAAGUCCUGUAUAGCCCAAACAUCUGAGGUGGUGGGACAACUGCGUGAAGAGAGAGCAAAAGACAGCGAAAACCUGGCGCUCCUCAAACAGCUCAGAAAAGAGCAAACCAAAUUAAAGCUUAUGCAAUCAGAGCUGAAUGUUGAAGAGGUCGUCAAUGAUAGAAGUCUGAAGAUUUUCAGUGAAAGGUGCAGAAUCCACUACAUACCCCCGAAGGUGAAGUGAAGACAAAGGUCCGAUGAGAGGAGCUGCUUCACUCGAGAGGUUUGAAUCCAGACCGGAGCUGAGACUGUGACCUGCUGCUGAGUCUUGACUGCAGGCUGCAGACCAUCCAGACCACUCUGACCUCUUCUCCAACACACUUGUAUUCCAUUGUGAUUAUUGUAUUGCAUUACCACAGCUGUAAAAUCCGUGAGCUUAUUUAAUGAGAAACGUACAAAAAACUUUUUUUUUUUUUUUUUUAAAGGAAAUGAAAUGUUUUCAAGUGUGUUGUCUGUGAUUUAAAUCAUUUGAGUCUUUUGAUGAACUUUGUGUUUUCUACAUUUGAUACAGUGAUACAGUUUUGACUUCUCAGUCUUAAAUUCUUGUACGGAUUUUAAUAUUUCAACAAAUGUCAAGUGGAUUGGCUUAAAAUGUUGUACGGACCUUCAUGGUUCCCAGAUAAUGAAUCCUAAUGACACAAUGUGAGCAUGUUAGCAUUGAGCUCAAAGCCCCACUGCGCCUCAGUACAGCCUCACGGAGCUACUAGCAGGCUGUAGACUCUUAAAGGUGCAGCAGGUAAAACUUAUAAAACUAACUUUCUUUCAUAUUGAAACUGACCCUAUGUUCGAGUAGAACUACAUGAAGCAGGUAAUACAAAAAAAAACUCUGGCACCACCUACAGCCUGUAGUGUGAUUUGCAAAAAUGCACCGUUCCCUGUUCAGAGGCACCAAUCAGGGCCAGAGAGGGUGUCUAACUGCGUGUCACUAGGCUCGUUUGAGAUGAGCCAGAUCUGCGCAGAAUCGAUUACUGGCAAUCGCCCAAAUGCAUGCCGGUUAGAUUUGCGUCCGACUUGCUCUGACGUCAUGCACACAUGGACAACGAUAACCUCACGAGAUCAAGGCGGCCGCAGUUCUGAGACGCAGGUAGCGCAGUUACUUUUCACCGACUGCAAGAGCCAGGCGGACCCAGGGCAUGCUGGGAAACGCCGGCCUCUCAGCUGAUCUAACAGCUGAUUGGUUCAGUAUGAACUCAACAUGAUUACGUUUUAUAUAUUAUCUUUUUAUUGAUUUUGAAUUGGAGUGAU